CUCCCUCUCUCUCUCUCUUCUCUCUCUUUUGUGUCAUAAUAUCAGACGUUCUUCCUCUUCUUCUCCGAGACGGAUAUACAACGCUCUGUGGCGCGACCCCUCUCUCGAGUUUUUUUCUUUUUUCUUUUUCUUUUUGUAAUUUCAGCUACCCACCUCAGGAGCAGCCCCAAGCUCUCUCCUUUUCUCUAUCCGAGUUUCUCUUUGGCUAGUUAACUGUAAUUCUGACCAUCAAAGACAACUGUAAUUUAUGUGAAUAAGGUUCUCUCUCCUUUGCGCGUGUCCCGUUCUCUUCUCCAAUCCUCCACAUACACAAAUCUACCUGAGAUUCUUCUUUUCUAACCCAAAGAAGUAUAUCCAUACACAUUAGUAAAAUGGAGGUCAAGCUGGCGAAUGACAAGCGUGAAAGAGAAAUGUAUGAUAGUUUUGCUGAACUUUACGCCAUUAUAAAGACCACCGAGAAGCUUGAAAAGGCAUAUAUUCGUGAUGUGAUCUCUUCGUCAGCGUAUGAGACUGAAUGCCAAAAGCUCAUUGCCCACUUUAAGACUUUGGCUUCCACGCUUAAAGACACCAUCCCAAGCAUCGAGCGAUUUGCAGAAACAUACAAGAUGGACUGCCCAGCAGCUAUAAACCGCCUUGUGACCUCAGGGGUGCCUGCCACAGUGGAGCAUCGGGCUGCUGCAGCUGCCUCCAUGACUUCCUCAGCUGCUGCUGUGGCAGAAUGCACACAGAAUUUCAUCACUGCAAUGGACUCAUUGAAGCUGAACAUGGUUGCAGUUGAUCAGGUGCACCCGCUGCUCUCGGACCUUUUAACGUCUCUGGGUAAGUUGACCUUUCUGCCACCAGACUUUUUGGGGAAGGUGAAGUUGAAGGAGUGGAUUGCAAGAUUAUCAAAGAUGGGAGCGGCCGAUGAGUUGACAGAGCAGCAGUCUAGGCAGCUUCACUUUGAUCUUGAGUCGUCCUACAACUCAUUUAUGGCAGCUUUGCCAAACUAUGGUACUUGACACAGCUACUUGCAAGAACCUCAGUGAUCUCUCAGAAGGGAUUUACUAAUUUUCUACUGCAUAUAUAAUAUUUUGGGUAUGCCUGAGUUCUGAACUUAGUAAUUAGUAUUGAUAUUUUGUGUCAAUCAUGCCAGAUAUGAUUUUCAAGCUACAUUGUAGGAAAUACUUCAAUUUGGUUUCAUGAUUCUUAAUGGUAUAUGAUCUCAGUGGCUUGAUUGAAUGAAAUGCUCAAUAUCAGGCCAUUUUGUGAAAG